CCGCUCCCGCUCCCGCGCCGCCGCCCGCAGCCCCGGCCUCGCUCCCCGCCGCGCCCCGCCCCGCCCCGCGAGCGGAGGGUGAUGUUGGACAUGGGCGAUAGGAAAGAGGCGAAGAUGCUCCCCAAGUCCUCCUUCAGCAUCAACAGCCUGGUGCCCGAGGCGGUGCAGAGCGACAACCAGCACGCCGGCGGGGGGCACGGGCACCACCCGGGCGGCCACCACGCGCCUCACCACCACCCUCACCACCACCACCACCACCAUCACCACCACCACCACCACCCGCCGCAGCCGCAUCCCCCGCAUCCCCCGCCGCCGCAGCAUCCCCCGCAGCCUCAUCCCCCGCCGCCGCCGCCGCCGCAGCAGCAUCCCCCGCAGGCGCGGGGCGGCCCGGCCGACGACGACGACGACGAGGCCAAGGGGCUGCUGCUGCCACCGCCGCCGCCGCCGCCGCCCUCCGCCGGCCCGGACGGGGCCAAGGGCGAGCCGGUGCCCGGAGGGGAGCCCCCGCCGGCCCCGCCGCCGCCCCCGCCCCCGGCCGGGCAGGAGGACAAGGACAAGGGCCUGGGCGGCGGCGAGGAGAAGAAAGCGGGCGGCGAGGCGGGCAAGGACGCCAAGGAGGCCGGCGAGGGCGGAGGCGGCGGAGGCGGAGGCGGCGGCGGCGACAAGAAGAACAGCAAGUACGAGAAGCCGCCGUUCAGCUACAACGCGCUGAUCAUGAUGGCCAUCCGGCAGAGCCCGGAGAAGCGGCUGACCCUCAACGGCAUCUACGAGUUCAUCAUGAAGAACUUCCCCUACUACCGGGAGAACAAGCAGGGCUGGCAGAACUCCAUCCGCCACAACCUGUCGCUCAACAAGUGCUUCGUCAAGGUGCCGCGCCACUACGACGACCCGGGCAAGGGCAACUACUGGAUGCUGGACCCGUCCAGCGACGACGUGUUCAUCGGGGGCACGACGGGCAAGCUGCGGCGCCGCUCCACCACGUCCCGGGCCAAGCUGGCCUUCAAGCGGGGGGCCCGGCUGACCUCCACCGGCCUGACCUUCAUGGACAGGGCGGGCUCCCUGUACUGGCCCAUGUCGCCCUUCCUGUCCCUGCACCACCCCAGGGCCAGCAGCACUUUGAGUUACAAUGGCACCGCCUCGGCCUACCCCAGCCACCCCAUGCCCUACAGCUCCGUCUUGACUCAGAACUCGCUGGGCAACAACCACUCCUUCUCCACGUCCAACGGGCUCAGCGUGGACCGGCUGGUCAACGGCGACCUCCCCUACGCCACCCACCACCUGACGGCCGCCGCGCUGGCCGCCUCCGUGCCCUGCGGCCUGUCGGUGCCCUGCUCGGGCACCUACUCUCUGAACCCUUGCUCCGUCAACCUGCUGGCGGGACAGACCAGCUACUUUUUCCCCCACGUCCCCCACCCCUCCAUGACCUCCCAAAGCAGCACUUCGAUCAGCGCCCGGGCCGCUUCCUCCUCCACGUCGCCCCAGGCGCCCUCCACCCUGCCCUGCGAGUCCUUGAGACCGUCCUUGCCCAGUUUCACCACGGGACUCUCGGGAGGACUGUCUGAUUAUUUCACACAUCAAAAUCAGGGGUCUUCUUCCAACCCUUUAAUACAUUAACAUCCCUCGGAGCAGACUGUAAGUGAACAUUUUACACACAUUUGCAUUGUAAAUGAC